UUUUCAUAUCAAUGUCUAAAUGCUCGGCUAGUACGAAGCUGUUAAAGUUCACACUUUUACGUGUUUGUUUGCAAUGCGAAAGACGCGUGUAACUGAAUAUGAACUGUCUCAAUCAGUCGGACUGAUCGGUGAUCAAUGGUGAGAGCGAGCGGCUCUCUGGAUAUCAGCAGAUGCAAUGCAAACGAGUCUCGGAGGUGAUGACGGAUCAGGGCCGAUGUUGCAGAGGAAGGAGUCACUUUCUGUCCUCUCUACAUCAGAGAAGUGGCUCUUCAGUGGGCAGAAGAGGAAGCAGAGCAAGAGAGAUGUGGAUUCACUCAGUCUGUGCAGCUUGGACAUCAAUGAGCCCAGCAGCAAGCGUGUAAAGCCUCUGUCUCGAGUCACGUCUCUGGCGAGUCUCAUCUCUCCAGUCAAAGCUGCUCCGCUCAAGCGCAUCGGACAGACGCUGCAGCGCUCCAUCAGCUUCCGCAGCGACUGCAGGCCGUGGGGCCGGCAGAUAGCACCAGCCAUCACCAAACGCCGCGACAGCAAGCUCUGGAGCGAGACAUUCGACCUGGGCCUGGGACAUAUGCUGUCCUCCACAGAGAUCAAGAGACAAGAGGCCAUCUUUGAGCUGUCUCAGGGAGAACAGGACCUGAUUGAGGACUUGAAGCUGGCCAAGAAGGCGUAUCGUGACCCCAUGCUGAAGCUGUCUAUUAUGACAGAACAUGAGCUCAAUCAGAUCUUCUUCACGCUGGACUCCCUCAUUCCACUGCAUGAAGAUUUGCUGAGUCGACUCCGAGAGGCCAGAAAGCCAGACGGUUCGACUGAUCACGUGGGCCAUAUUCUAGUAGACUGGCUCCCUUGUCUUGAAACCUACAACAGUUACUGCAGUAACCAGGUAGCAGCCAAAGCAUUGCUGGACCAUAAGAAGCAGGACCAUCGGGUGCACGACUUCCUUCAGCGCUGUCUGGAGUCGCCCUUCAGUCGCAAACUGGACCUCUGGAGCUUCCUGGACAUCCCGCGCAGUCGCCUGGUUAAAUACCCGCUACUGCUGCGAGAGAUGCUCAAACACACGUCGAACGACCACCCCGACCGCCAGCACCUCGAUGAAGCUAUGAACAUGAUCCAGAGCAUCGUGGCUGAUAUUAACACUCAGACGGGCGAGUCGGAGUGCCGUUACUAUAAAGAGCGCUUGCUGUAUCUAGAAAGUGGUCAGAGAGAUCUGUUGAUCGACAGCUCACGGAUCCUCAGCUGCCACGGAGAGCUCAAGAACAACAGAGGAGCCAAGCUGCAUGUGUUCCUGUUUCAGGACGUGCUGGUGGUCACCCGGGCCAUCACCCAGAAUGAGCAGCUGUGCUAUCAGCUCCACCGGCAGCCCAUCCCCGUCAGAGAUCUGGAGUGGGAAGACCUGCAGGACGCAGAGGUGCGCCUCGGAGGAUCCAUCAGAGGAGCCUUCAGCCACAGCGAGCGCAUCAAGAACUUUUUCCGGGUGGUGUUUCGCAGCGGAGGACAGCUGCAGACGCACUGCUUCCAGGCCAGCGACGCCUUCAAUAAACAGCAGUGGCUCAACUGCAUUCGACAGGCCAAAGAAGCUGUGUGGUCAGCAGAGUGUGGAGCGGCGCAGACAGCCUGUCAGGACAGAGCGAGACCGCAGCAUGAUGCACAGCACUGACGCUAGCUCUGAGUGCACACAGAUGCUCAGCCCUGUGACCGUGUGACCGCGUGCUGCUGCAGCAGCGAGCCUCUUCAGCAGUGUGCCACCGUUUACAGGAAGCACUUCUCUGAGUCUGACACGGCUGUCGGUGGCUCUUAACUUACGUGUUAUUCUCGUGCCUUUCUUUCACUGUGCUGUCCAGUCUUUCAGAAACGGACUUUGUGGAGCAUCUGUCUGCCUUUCCACAUGCUGUAAGACUGGGGCCACUUUAAUCACACUGUCUGUGCAAGAAAAGAGUCACAUUGGUGUAAUAUUGUUCAGGUGUUUAAUGUUCAUUCAGUAAUCACUAAUAAAAAAUGACCAGUCUAAUGUUUUCACUAUAGUCACGAGUAAAGGGCGAUCAUAGUAUUUCUGAAUGAGGAGCAUAUAUUACACAUGUUCAUCUCAUAGUGUGUCGCAGCACUGCCAGAUUAAAGCAUUUCUGCAUCGAUGUCAGAUCCAGUGAUGAAUAUUAAAUCUAUAAUCCCGUAUUGAGGACUGGUAGCUUGAGUUAUUUCCUGAUCCCACGGAGCUGUGUCACACAGUGACAUUGUGCUGGAAAUAUCAGUUUUGUUCAUAAAUUGUUCUGUAGCAGUUUGCUGGAAUACACUGUAACGUGAACGCAAACUAAACGGAAAGUCUCUUGUGCCAAUCUCUGUCAGUGUUUCUGUAUGCGCCAAAACUGACAACUUACGCUGUAGAGAGAGCAGCCUUUGCCAAAGCGUGUCUGGUGCUUUAAGUGUCUUCAGGUUUACUCGCUAGGCCGUGUUUUGUAUUGUCAGAUGUGCAGCGUUCUGUAUAUAAAAACUAUUCAAGAGUCUUUUAUUCUUUUUCUUUUUCUUGUUUUGUUUUCUCUCACAAGUAUUGUGUUGAAAUGUAUGAUAUAAGAUGUUUAUUUAUAGUUUGUUUUUCACCUGAUUGACUCUUUUGUUUUUCUGUUUGGUUGCUGUUGGAUUAAAAGGAAAUGGUGGUUUGGAGUUAAGAGAGAGUUGAUGUAGAAAUCAAAAGAAAUGGAGGUAAAUUAGGGCGGGAAUGCAUAUUUAACACAUGGGAGAGACUGACUGAUGGACAGUGUGAAGCAAAAUGAAGAAAAUCAAAUAAACAUUUUAA